CAGCCAGCCAGACGACAAUGAGCGAGCGAGCCGCUGUGAUGCUGCGCCAUGUUGAGGCGUCGAGGAAGCGGGUGGGCAAGGACAGCAACGAGGGUGCAAACAACAGCACCACCACCAGCAGUAGCAGCAACAACACAAGAAGAGAUUCGGCACCAUCAACUGCUGCGGUGGCAGCAGCAACAACACUCAGUGAAUACAGGGAGGAGCUUCGCAAGCUUGAAAAGGAACUCAGGACCUUCAUUGACAAACGAAACUGCCACCCAAUCAUGCUGCGCUUGGCAUGGCAUGACGCAGGCACAUACAACCGCCAUGUCCCCUGCUUUCCAGACUGCGGGGGCGCAAACGGCAGCAUCCGGCUGUCCCCUGAGCUGAAGCACGCAGCCAACGCGGGCCUUGAAAAGGCGGUCCGCUUCCUUCAACCGUUUCAUACAAAGCACCCGAUGGUGUCGUGGGCAGAUCUCAUUCAGCUGGCGGGUGCGCUCGCCGUGGAGCUCGCCGGCGGCCCGCGUAUUCCAAUGCGCUACGGCCGUAUUGAUGCCGAUGUACCAGCAGAAGAAGGCAAACUGCCAGACGCCAACCCAGCUUCCCCUCUCGACCACGUUCGGAAGGUGUUUGAUCGACUGGGCAUGACGCCCAAGGAAACCGUUGCUCUCAUCGGCGCUCACACAAUUGGGCGUGCUUUCAAGGAGCGCAGCGGCGUCACAGAAUAUGGCUACGGCAACGACAAAGGCACACCACACACACGCUCAACACACGUUGCACGCGGAGAUGGACACGCGGGUAUUGGUAUGCCUGGUGGUCAGUCGUGGACGAGCAACUGGCUCAGCUUUGACAACGCCUUUUUCCAACAAGCAUACAAGUCAGACAAGGCACUGCUCUGGUUGCCAACCGACAGUGCCGUCGCCAAGGAAGAAUAUGCCAGGCACUUUCGUCAGUUUGCCAGCGACAACCGCAGCUUUCUCGCUGCAUAUGCACCGGCCCACAAGAAGCUGUCAGAGUCUGGCUCCAUGUUUGCAUUCCACGUUGAGCUCGACUGAAGUGUCGUUGAAAUGAUGGACUGGUCAUGGUGUUGGAAAUAUGUAAAUUGAUUGGAGGAAGGUCAAGCAAGCACAGCACUUGCCUCUCUCUCCCUUUGUCCCGCAACUGCCACUUAUUCGCGUUUGCUGUGUCAUGUGAGGGUUUUGUUAAACCAGUCACCAUGCAACUGUCAUGUCUCACUUCAACUACAACGGAUGGCAACUGUAUGGUUGAUGGAAUAACAAAAGCC